AGCUGUUUGUUUCUUCGACUUGAAUGCAACGUUAUGGCUCAAAGUGCGAACGACCGCCGGCGGAUAAAUGGACCAGAAGAAAGCUUUCCGCCCAUAUUCGAUGACGAUGGCGAGGAUAUCAAGUUGAAAAUGCAACGCAGUCGGGCACCUGGUGAUAUCAGGCCGAUAUUCCUACAGCCAGGUCUUAUAAGCCAGGCCAAUGGAUCUGCAUACAUCGAGACAGAAAAAACUAAAAUUGCAUGCGCUGUGUACGGACCACGGCAGUCUAAAACUACUACCUACAGCGAAAAGGGCCGGCUGAAUGUCGAAGUCAAGUUUGCUCCUUUCUCGUGUACGCGUCGAAGGGCACCGAUGCGCGACGCCGAGGAUAGAUCUAUUGGUGUAGCAAUACAUCAAGCAAUCGUAUCAUCAAUACGCCUGGAGUUAUUCCCAAAGUCGACCAUUGAUGUUUUUAUCACGAUCAUCGAGAACGAUGGAAUUGAAGGUUGCAUUGCAUCUGGAUCAUUGGCUGCAAGCACUGCACUUGCUGAUGCUGGAAUCGAAAUGCUGGGACUAGUUGCAUCAUGCUCCGCUGCUAUUGUCGGAGAUGACAUUCAACUUGAUCCAAGCGAAGCUGAAGCACGAGCAUCCAGCGGUACUGUGAUACUUGCUUGCAUGCCGGCUUUGGAUAGUAUCACUAGCAUCUGGCAGUCGGGACAGGUGUCCGCUGACUUGUCUUUGAAGGUAAUACUUUCCGACUGACCGCAGUAAACGCUAACAAGGGACCACAGUGCAUGGAACAAUGUCAUGAG